AGCUCAUUGAGCCCCAUUUCAGCUCCAUAUUGAAUGCUGCUUUGCAAUCAAGGGGGGACCUUUUAUCAUAUAAGAAGAAAACAAGAAUUCUGGCCUUCUGGGGUGAAGCCAAAACUGCAAAUAUAAUCAAGGGUUCUUUCUAAUUGAUCAGAACCGUCCAUUCAAUUGCACAACCAUUAAUUGGGUUUCUUCACUUCAGGCCAAGGCCCCAGACCACUGACCCGGUUCUGUCUGAACCAGAGAGAGAGAGAGAGAGAGAGAGAGAGGUGAAGCGGUGAACUUUACCAAAACAAAGAAGAAACAGAGAAUUGGGAAUUUCAUGUCGUGUGAUGAGUAGAAAGCAAGGAAAGAGGUUCCGAAAUCUAAUUGGUAAUGACUUUUAAAUUUCCAGGAAACAUACACUUCAUGCCAUCACCAUCACAUGGGAGAAGAGCCACCUCCACCGUUUCAACACUUCUUCCUCCACGCCCUCCUCCCUUCCCACCUCUUCAGCCUCCUCGUUGAAGCCCCCAAUUAGGGUUCUCAUUGCUCCUCUGAUAUCAUGUUUGCUGUUCUUCUGCUCCUCCAGACCCGUUAAUUGCUUCUGUCUUUUUCUUUGGGGGCGCCAAUUUGAUUUUCUUUUACUUUUCAUUUCAUUUCUGCCGUUUCUCUCUUAGAGUCGGUUGGGAAGAACAGCAUUAAUGUGGGCUUCGUUCUUGUUGUUGACGUUACUCUUGUUCCGUUACUGAUCUCGGGUUCUGUUAUUUCAUUUUAUUCUUUUGAGGUUUUGAUUCGGUGGGUCAUUGAGGAUCCAUGGAGGAAAGUAUCUCGUGUCAGUGGAGCAUGUUUCGAGCUCUUCUUUCUAUUGUUCAAUGGUGGGGUUUUAAUGUCACAGUGAUUAUCAUGAACAAAUGGAUCUUUCAGAAAUUAGAUUUCAAGUUCCCUCUUUCAGUAUCAUGCGUCCACUUCAUAUGCUCAGCUCUUGGAGCAUGCAUAGUAAUCAAAAUGCUGAAGCUUAAGCCACUGAUUGAGGUCGAUCCUGAAGACCGUUGGAGAAGAAUAUUCCCAAUGUCAUUUGUUUUUUGCGUCAACAUUGUCUUGGGGAAUGUAAGCUUACGAUAUAUUCCAGUUUCUUUUAUGCAGACUAUAAAAUCAUUCACUCCUGCAACAACAGUAAUUCUGCAGUGGCUAGUCUGGAGAAAAUACUUUGACUGGCGCAUUUGGGCUUCUUUGGUACCCAUUGUAGGAGGAAUUCUUCUCACAUCUGUUACAGAGCUUAGUUUUAAUAUAUUUGGAUUUUGUGCUGCUCUAUUUGGUUGCCUGGCUACAUCUACAAAGACUAUUCUUGCAGAGUCUUUGCUGCAUGGAUACAAAUUUGAUAGCAUAAACACCGUUUAUUACAUGGCACCUUUUGCGACCAUGAUCUUGGCAGUCCCAGCAAUUCUUCUUGAAGGGACUGGAAUCGUUAACUGGUUUCAGACACAUGAGUCUGUUUUCUCUUCACUCAUCAUUAUUUUCAGCUCCGGGGUGCUGGCUUUCUUCCUCAACUUCUCCAUCUUUUAUGUAAUUCACUCAACAACUGCGGUCACUUUUAAUGUGGCUGGCAAUCUCAAGGUUGCAGUGGCUAUUCUGGUUUCAUGGAUGAUAUUCCGAAAUCCAAUCUCUGUCUUGAAUGCUGUAGGAUGUGGGGUGACACUCAUUGGUUGUACAUUCUAUGGGUACGUGAGGCACAAGCUCUCUCAGCAAGCACCGGGGACACCUCGAACCCCCCAGACACCCCGGAGCCGGAUGGAGAUGACCCCACUUGUAAACGAUAAAUUGGAUGAUAAAGUUUAGUUUAGAAAAGAUGAGAUGAUGCCACCAUUUGAUUAAAGGAAGGAAAAAAACAACCAUCUGUUGUCUGUGUACACCCAUUAGUUGAAUUAGAUUCAGUCAUGCUUCUUGCUUACCAAUAUAUCGUUGUUCCACACAAA